AUGGCUAUAAAACUUAAAAGAUGGUUGUCCAAAUCCAAUAAAGGAAACGACAAGAGUAAUGAAACUUCAAGACCUGAGGAAUAUAAUAAAUGCCUGGAACCUAAACUCGCUACAAGACAAAUUAUAGAUAAUUUCGAGUUUAAUGAAACAACCGAACAUUAUGAAGUUCCAGGGAUAAAUAAGACAGCUCAAUUAUUGAAUUCAAAUUCCAGAGCUCUUUCCGAAUCACCUACUCCAGUUCCUUUAAAAGAUCCAAGAGAACUUGUAAAAAAUGAUAGUGAUCACCAAAAGUUACUAGAAAUAACAAAGUUAUCAGAUAGUUCUAAUAAAGUUUUUGGGUAUGAGAACUUUGGUAAUACAUGUUACUGUAAUUCUGUUUUACAAUGUCUUUAUAACAUCCCAGAAUUAAGGGAUAACGUAAUAAAAUAUCCAAUGGUUCCAAAUGAACAAAAAUUCAACUUUAAGAAUACCAAAACAAAAGUUUACGAUGAAAACAGUUUUGACAACAACACUAGAUUACUAACUGUUAAUAAUAAUAACUCACAUAAUCAAAAUGGUACUCUUAAGAAUUUAUACAAAAACAACACACAAAGUAGUUCACAAGAAUUGUUAUCAAAGAUCCCUUUACAGAGAAGAAAUUCUUUUAAAAUUUUGGCAAGCAGAGACCAAUCGAUGCUAUAUUCGACGUCAAAUUCGACAAAUGCGUCAUUUGUGUCUUCAGAUCAAAGAGCAGAUACUGAACCAACAAGAGGGCAUGUAAUGGCAUCUACACCAAUAACUGAAAAAAUCCAUGAAAUUUCUGUAACAACAAUUGUGGGUAGAAAAAAGAACAUCAGACAAAUAAAUAUAUUAGAAACCGGAAAAUAUGAAAAUAAUAUGGCAAAACCAAUGGGAAAUGAUAAUGAUAAUGAUAUGGAACUGACAGAUGAUGCGUUUGAAAACGAUGAAACAUUAGAAAAUAUUAAAAAGAUCGAAUCUAGUGAGGGGAAAAAACAAACUGCAUUGAUCAGUGGACCAGUGUUAAAUAUUGAUACUGCUUUAAACACUAAUGGAAAAUCAAAUAUGUACAGCGCACUUAAGGAUAUAUUUGAUGCAAUCACCGAAAAUAAUCAUUUAACUGGUAUUGUUUCCCCAAAAGAAUUGAUUGAAACAUUGAAAAGGGAAAAUAUGAUGUUUAAUUCAAUGAUGCAUCAGGAUGCUCAUGAGUUCUUAAACUUUUUACUAAACCAAAUAAGUGAUAACAUCGAGUCAAAUAUGAAUAAUCCAAACAACGAUAAUGGAGAAUUUGGCGGUUUAAAAUUUGAAAGAAAUUUCAUUAACGAUUUAUUCCAAGGUGUUAUAAAGUAUACGACGAGAUGUCUAACUUGUGAUAAUAUUACUUCCAGAGAGGAAUUAUUUUUAGACUUUGCAAUAGAAGUUUCUAACAAUGAAGAGACAAAUAUACAAGAAAUUCUAGGAGAUUAUUCUCAAAGAGAAAUGUUAAACGGCUCCAAUAAAUUUUUCUGUGAUUGUUGUAGUGGUUUACAAGAAGCAGAAAGGAUUGUUGGUCUUAAAAAACUUCCAGAAACCUUGAUUUUACACUUGAAGAGAUUUAAAUAUUCAGAAGAACAAAACUCAAAUAUUAAAUUAUUUAAUAAGAUUAACUAUCCGUUAGUGCUUCAAGUUUCAUCAACGUCUAAUUCAGAUAUAUCGAAAUCAUAUGAUUUGACCGGAAUAGUGCUUCAUCUAGGAGGGGGGCCACAGCAUGGCCAUUAUGUUUCAAUUUGUAAAAAUGAAAAAUAUGGUUGGCUGCUAUUUGAUGAUGAAGUUGUCGUUUCCAUUACAGAGGAAUCCGUACUAAAAUUUGUCGGUGAUCCAACUACCUUAACUACGGCAUACCUUUUGGUUUAUAAAUUAAAGGAUGAAAAAUACGAGGAAAACGUUUCAGACAUUGACUAUGAAAAUAAUAUAAAGAUCCUAUUAGAGAAUGAUGAUUUUGUAAGAAAAUAUGUCUCUCAGAGCUCAUCUCUAAACGAAAAGGCUACGAAGCAAUCUGUAUUAGAAGAUGUUCAAGAAGAUGAUUUGUAUAAUGAAGAUAGGGUGGAUAAAACAGUUCCUUCUUCAAAGAGUUCCAAAAGAAGAUCAAAGAUGUUUAGUUUUGGUUUGUAA